AUGGUGGCUUUUUGGCCAUGGAGGGGAGAAUCCUCCGAUACAGCCUCAUUCGAAAAAACUCUCUCUACGCUAUCGACCAAAAUCACCGAUGCUCAAGCCUCCCUCGACAACUUCCGCGCAAGCUCUCGCCGCGCUCGCGUCAUCUGGACACUUUACCUAAGUUUCGCUUAUCUCGUUUAUGCGAUAGUCCUUCUUCUCGUCGUCGGCUACAACGACCUCGGUGCUUUCGAAUGGGGCGGCCUCACUGGUGGUCCAGUACUUAUCUACGUAACGCGCACGACCCUCGCCGCAUACUACAACUUCCGAAUCGAAACCCUUAGCGCUCGUCUUAGGGAGCAUCAGCAAGAGCGCGCAAAGACUAUCCAGAAACUCAAGGAGGCCACCAAAUAUGACUCCACCAUGGAGUUGAUCGAGAAGUACGGCGGGGCCGACAACAAGAGCAAGAAGAAGGAUAGCGAGCAGAAUGCAGACAAGGCAUCGAAUGGGAAGCAUCAGCCUGCUGCCCCUGAGCAGGGUGUUCCGGGCCGAACGCGCAUGCCUCCUCCUCCUACGGCCAACAUCCAGCGGGCUCAUAGCCCUGCGCCAGGUCCAAACUCGAUGGAACCAGGUGCUGAGUUUGCACCCAACGCCGAAUGGACAGGACCCCCUCCGCCUCCCAUUGUCCCUGGUACCCCUCAACCCCCUCCUCCCCCACCACCGCAGAGAAGCUACUCCUCAUACUCGACUGCUGCCGCUGAAACCCACUGGUAUGACCGCAUCUUCGAUGUCCUCCUCGGCGAGGACGAGACUGCCCCCAAAAACCGUAUUGUUCUUAUCUGCCAAUCAUGCCGGGUUGUCAAUGGACAGGCUCCUCCUGGAACCAAGGCUCUGAGCGAGCUCGGACAAUGGAGAUGCAUGUCGUGUGGUGCCUCGAACGGAGAAAUUGAUGAAGGGAAACGCAUUAUGAACGAGGUCCUGGAUGCUGCCAAAGGUGCCGAUACCGAUGGUGAUAGUGUUCAUGAAGAGUUCGCUCCUGAAGCCAGUGAGCCCCCUAUGGUGGAUGUAAGCACAUCUGAUGAUGGCCCAGCCGCAAACACCAGAAAGCGCAAGGGCAAGGGAAAGAAAUGA